AUGACGCGGUCCAGAUUCAGCGGUCGAUCCAAGUCCAACGGUUCAGAAUUUGGCUGGUACUUCGCGGGUGAGCCAAUGGACAAGAGACACUCUCGAAGCGGGCGAAUCAGGCUAGUUCGCUAUGGACCUGAGAUGGAACCUUGUGCCCACAGUCGGUGCCCAUCGCCAUCUCCCAUUCCAGAAAAGACACCUUGCGCCUGCAACAACACAUGCGAGCUUCACUCCCACGGGACACGCUCCCAAUCCCAAAGCGACCCUGACUCCUCUGGUUCUGAGUCAGUCGUAGUAUGCUGCGGAGGAUGUCAUGCUAUCAGACGCGAGCCCGGGCCCUCUCCUCAGGUGGAGAAGGUGAUAUGCUUCUGUGAAUGUCACUCGCGAAAAACAACCCCGAUCACACCAAGCAGCAGCGGAUAUUCCAGCUCAGGAUCAGCCACAAAAUGCUACGGUAGCCGUCACUCAACAAGACGGGAGCGUCGUCCCAACGACACACGUCCCACCACGCCGAACAGCAGUGAUUUUUCCGACUAUGAACUGCCCAGAAGACGCCGCGGUCACCGCAUCUCAACACGCGAACCAGAGCAUCAUCCCCAGUUGGAGAAAUCCCAACGCGAGGCUCACGCACCCCCUCCCAGCACAACUGCCACGUCAGGCCAAAGAUACCACUCCCCGCGUGGGUCGCUCGCGACAGCACCACAUGCACCCGGAGCUGUGCCGAGCUUUGAUUACUGUGCCUUCGCCGGUGCCGAGACCAACCCCAACCCCAACGCGCUCUCCCGGUCGAUUGAAAAGCCCCGUCACAAGCCGCGGGUCAAACCAGAGCUGAAACGCACCUACACUCAGGCUGCUUCGCCUCCCAAGCAGACGCCUCCCACAAAGCCAAAGCCAGUGCCUUCCUCCAAGCUCAUGUGUCCCAGGCAUGGUGCCCAGCAUUGUGGCUGUGUCUAUAUGGAUGGGUACCAUGCUGAUGACUCUAGCUAUUAUGCUCCUUACGACGAUGACACUGUUUCUGAGACCUCCAUCCAGGCCAUGCCUGACCAUGACAGGGCUGUGGACGAGACACGCUGUGCUUUUCAUCACCGCUGCCGUCCAAAGUUCGAGUGUGGGGUUGGCUGGGUCUGCGGGAGGAAGUGA